UCGUGGUCGUCGUCGUCGCCGUCGCCGAUGCACUUCGAUGCGAGCGCACAUUCGGUGAGCGGCUGCAGUGAGCGAACACGCCGUGGGGAAGCUGCUGGCUGCUGCACAACCUCAUCGUCCGUCGUACCGUGCGCAUCGUUUUCGCAUUCGGUUCGUGCGCGCCUCCUUCGAUCGAAUCGAUUCCUCGCCAUCGUCGUCGUCGUCGAGAACGCGAGUUGGUCAUUAGUGGUUGGUGUUGUCGGAAGCGUAGAGUCGAAGAGUACGAAUAGAGCUACCAGAGACCAGAGCCCAGAGACCAGAGACCGGGAGAGACUCUGCUGCACUGCAACUCUCGUUGAUCAUCAUCACUCGUCGAUCAGGACGGCGUUCUCCAAUUAAUCCGCGAUCCAGAUUUAGUCGCAGCGAACACUUUUCUUUCACACAGGCGCGCGCGGCCGCAUUCAAUUGACCUUUCUACACACACACACGGUAUUGGUUGGUUGUCCCCCAGUGUGGUGGCCCCCCCGGUCGAUUGUGACUGUGUGUGUUGGCGUAGUUGAGCUGCAAACGGGAUUAUCGCGAGUAAAGAGUGCAGCAGCUACUACUGCAAGGGCCUUGUCGCCGUCGUCGCCGUCUAGAUUUGCUUUACGCGCGCGCGAGUCCGAUAUUCGAACGCGGGCGAGGUUUUAAAUCAUCGUCGCCAAUCGUUUGUCAAAACAGUGAUAACGCAGCAGAACCGGGUGAACAGAGGAACCAAUUGUGUGCGUGUGUGUGUGUGUGUCUAGCGUCUGGUGGCGUCUGGAGGGCACGUGUGAAUUCCCGGUGGUCAGUUCAGUUCCGUUUUUAAACCACCCUCCAGGAAGGGGCUUCUGGGACCGACUGUUUGUACAGCAAACCUAUCCGUUGGCAAACAUUAACGGCUUGUCGCUUUGUGUUAUCGCGCCUGCCGGGCCUGCCAGCAGCAGAAGCACACGUGGGCCGCGAACCUGAUCAAAAGGCGCGCGCGAGGAAACCGUGUAACCGAUUCGUGGUUUAUUCGUUUCGACAGUUCGUGGUGAGAUCAAUCGAUCGGAAGGUGAUUUCGAGUGUGUCGCGCGCCGCGAGCGCGAGUGUCAGUUGCGGGUUGCGUCCAUCCGUCCGUCCGUGCGUGCGUGCAUCCGUGUGUGUCGUGGUCUCUCCCUUUUGCGGUUACUAGAAAGAAGGAAAAAACACAACGCCAUACAAUAGUAGGGGCCGGCCGGUUUUUGUGUAAGGGAGUUUAGUGUUGGAAUGCGUUGACACGGGGCGGCCAAGAGGGGCAGACGGGAGAGUAGAGCAGCAAAAGAAGCACAAGAGAGGGAGCUUUCUUCUUCAUCAUUCACGGUGUGCAGGGCAGUGCGUGGUCGCGAAUUAGUAGUAGUGGUGGUCCUCCUCCUCCUCCUCCUCCUCCUCCUCCUGCGGCAGGUGAUUCCUCCUCGAUCGAUCGAUCGAUUCGAUCGUGGAGUGGAGCGAUGGGUAUCGGAUGAAGGGUUAAAUAGAAAUUUUCUUUACUCGCGUGUACUUACCGCGUGCUUUUGCGUCCGGUAUGUGGUCCGUUGCCUUACCGGCAUCUACAGCAGCAGCAACAGCAGCAUCUGAAGGCAGUUGCAGUGGCAGCACGGUUAUCAAAUGCAGUUGAAAGAAGCGAACGCCGAGCGCGAGCGAAACGGAAAGAUAUAUUUGGUUUAAUCCAGAGAAAGUGGUGCAUUACAUUGAAACCCCGUGUGCGUGUGUGUGUUUGUGUGUUUGUGCAUAAUCUGUGCUCGAAAACAACCAACCGAUACCGACCGAUUGCAUUGAAAAACAACGACGACAACCACAACCAACCAAACCAACCCAAAACUGAACCCCCAAAAACCCUGAACCCGGAACAGCGAUCGGACCGGCGAUCGACCAUCACCAACAACAACAACAACAACAACAGCAACAUCAACAGCUGCCGUAUCGCGGCGAAUGGACAAACAGUGUUUGCGUUUGCGUUGUGUUGAGUUUGUGUUUUGGGGCAGGCAGCAGGAUAGAGCAAAAGGGUAGGAAAGGAGAGUAGCAUUAAAAAAAAACACGGGAGACAGACAGACAGACUACCGCCGCCCCGCCCUCGGUCAGGCCAUUGCCAGGCCCCCCGCCAUCCGCGCGCAGGUCACGGUGAUGAUGAAGUUGAGCUGCUGGCUCUUACCAUUGUUGAUGAUGAUAAUGAUAAUGAUGAUGGCGGUGGUGUCACGAAGUGAGCGAGCGAUCGAAUCCGAUGAUCCGCAAAGGAUGCUCUAUCCGAUGCUCUGAGGAGCGCGAUCUUCACUACCACUACUACUGACACUUCACUGUGAACUGAUCGUAGGAUCGUGGUGUUGAUUAGUGAUUUUUGUUGAUUUCCUGGAGCCAGCACUAGGGAUCAAGCGAGGAAAGUCUAGCAAGGAAUACUGAGAGAGAUAAUAGAGAGAGAGAACGACAGAAAGAGAGCGCUAGAGAGAGAGAGAGCAUUGAUAGCAAGAGGAAAAGGUGCAAAAGGAUAAAAAAAAGGUAUUUCGGAAAAGCGUUAGAGUUGAGGAAGGUUUAGGAGAAAAAGUAGAAGAAGGAGUUGAGAGGUGGUUUGUAGGUCGUGCCUAGGACCUUCCGGUAUCCGGUAAGACGCCCCUCCUCUCCCUGGUUCCCCAUCACCGUGUCAGCUCGAAUGGUGUCGCAGGACCGUUGGGCGGAAGCGAUGUCCGAUUCGGGGUACGAUUCGCGGGCCGAUGGCAACGGUGCGUCCAGCUCGUGCAACAACACGCUGAACCCGCGGACGCCCCCGAACUGUGCCCGGUGCCGGAACCACGGGCUGAAGAUCGGGCUGAAGGGCCACAAGCGGUACUGCAAGUACCGUCACUGCAACUGCGAAAAGUGCUGCCUGACGGCGGAGCGGCAGCGCGUGAUGGCGCUGCAGACGGCGCUGCGCCGCGCCCAGACCCAGGACGAGCAGCGGGCCCUCAACGAAGGCGAGGUGCCACCCGAGCCGGUAGCUAGCAACAUUCACAUACCCAAGCUGUCAGAGCUGAAAGAGCUGAAGCUGAAUAACAUGAUGAUUCAUAAUUCUCAGCCGAGAUCGUUCGAUUGCGACUCCUCCACCGGAUCGAUGGCGUCCACACCGGGAACAUCCAGCAUGGCGCUGCCGGUGCACCGGCGGUCACCCGGCCUGCCCGGACAUCAUCCAACCGAACCGCAGCAUCUCGGAGCCACUCACUCAUGUCUCUCGCCUGAGCCUGUAAAUCUUCUUCCUGACGAUGAGCUGGUCAAGCGGGCCCAGUGGCUGCUGGAGAAAUUGAGUUACCCCUGGGAAAUGAUGCCCCUGAUGUACGUCAUACUUAAGAGCGCGGACGGCGAUGUACAAAAAGCGCACCAGCGAAUCGACGAAGGCACGAAAACCAUUGUAGACUUCAACAAAAAGCUACUGAAAUCGACGCUGUACGCGACCAACAGCCGCGACCGGUUGACGGAGGAGGACGACGAGGACGAGAACAUCUCGGUAACCCGCACCAACUCGAGCAUCCGGUCCCGGUCCAGCUCGCGGUCACGAUCGCGCUCGUGUUCCCCCCGGCCACGGGCCGAGACGCCCCGUACGGGCGACGAGCGUGCCCUCAACCUGGACACCAAGCAGACACCGAGACCGGGCAGCCGGAAUAAUCAUCGCGACGAUCGCGACGCCGAUGGUGCCGAUUCCGUGACGUUCGACGAACCGACGGCGCGGAGCCCCUCGGUGAUCGUCGUCGGUCGUAAGACGAUUCCCUCCCACGACCACAGUGGCCGCAACCACAGCAAAAGGUCCAAGGGGAUGGGGGACGCAUCCGAUCCGAUCGAGGUCACGCGUCGCACACCGAGCCGAUCACCGGGUCCAUCCGCGGCGACCGAUCUGGUGGCGGCGACCACCAUUACCAGCAACAGUGGCACCGGGUACGAGCAGCAACAGCUCCUGGCAGAAACCGUCCGGAAAUCGCGGAGAGGUGUCCACAGUCCGGUGCAUCGGGAGACGGCGGUGGCCACGACGACGACGUCGGCGGCGACGCCGGACAAGUCACCGUUACACGAGGCGACGACGGCACAGUACGAGGCGUACCUGGCGUACGAAGCGGCCCAAUCGUCGUUGCGGGCGCGAAGUAAAAAGGUUUCCCCACCGAAGGACCUCUCGAGCAGUGCGACGGCGGCGGUGGCGGCAGUCGCGGCCGCCGCAGCCGCCGCCACCGUUGCAACGGCCGCCAAGGAGGUGAUCGUCGACAGCUGUUACGCCGUCGACAAGGCAGAGAAGGAGGCGGCGGCCACGGCGGCGGCCACGGCGGCACUUCCGGCGUACACGCUACCGAAGGGCAGUCCGUUCGAUCGGCUCGAUCUGCUGAAGAAACCGGCCAGCCUCGCCUUCCCGACGAUGUACAAGUACGGGGGCAUCGACGCGAACCACUUUAACCUGCCCUUUACGCUGCUGCCCGGGGUCGAGGCGGUCAAUCGGACGCUCUACUCGACGCCCUUCCCGGCCCAGCUACUCCCGUCCAGCCUGUAUCCGUCCGGUGUUGGUGGCGAUUCGGGCGCGACCGCUACCAUGCCCAUGUUUCACACCCACUUCCUAGGCUACCAACCGCCCCUUCAGCUGCCACACGUUGAGUUUUACCGCAAAGAGCAGCAACAGCAGCAACAGCAACAACAGCAACAGCAGCAAGCGCAGCUUCUGGAACCAAAGGAACCUUCGUCCUCGUCGUCGCCUACUUCGGCCAUCGUCGGUGGACUGUUCUAUGCGGCGGCGGCCGUGGAAAAUUCGCUCGCCUCCCAGCAGCAGCAGCAGCAGCAGGCCUCGAUCACAACCAUCCACUAGGAAGGUGGUGGUGUUGCCACGGGAAACAUGCGGUCGUGGUCGGCCGCCGCCGCCGCUGCCGCCGUCGUUUCAUUGUACAAACAGAUGUCCCCGGAAGGAGGAUGAUUGUAUUGCCGCAUAGAUGCUACAGAGGCGUUGAGUUUGGAUCGAUCGUCGCUUCGGCAGCGUAAGUGUGGUCUCCGUUCCUUAGUGUGCGCGAGUGCGUGUGUGUGUGUUGCACAGCAUCAUAUCCAGCCCACACGUUCCCACCAUCACCACCAACCAUUGCCGAUUGCAGUUGCACGUUAGGCUCUUCAGGACUCUUUCCAAACUCCAGACAGACAGACAGACAGACGGAGCCACCUAUUGUACCCAAGACACAAGAGUUUAAUAUGAUAUUGUUCGUGCAACGAAAGUCUAUACUGUGAUACAAAAUGUUGUGUACAGGAUGAACAGGAAUAACAGACACUGAUAGGCGCGGCGGAGAGGUAAAAUGUGAGGUACAUUUGAUUUGUGAUUUAUGCUCGCGGGAACGGUUACGGACGUGCGGUAGACGGAGGCGGAAGGAGAAGGAAGGAGAAGGAAGUCGAAGCUUCAAACCAAACCUCAUCACCCCGCUUCUUCAGCCACUUUUAAACGAUUGUCCCACCAAAUGUAUUUGUUUGCACCGAUUGGCCGAUACAUGAAAACAUUCAGUAAGCGUUAGGUUUGCAGCAAGAAAAGGUUUGGAUAUUUUUUGGAGACGUUUUUUUUUUGUUUUUAAUAAUGAAGAGCGCUAAGGUCGUAAGGGGUCCACAGGAGGAAUGCAGGAGGAAUGCAUCAAUGUUCCAUCUCCCAUGGAAGAUGGUUCGGCAGACACGACAGACACACCAAGGAUGGUUUGCCUUGGUUUUGGGAGGUUGGAGAUGAUUGAGGAAAAUGGCUAGUAAAAAAAAAAACAAGAAUUGAAUUGUGAUACGCACGUACAGCAUUGUUCAUGUAGCCUGUUAGUUUAUAGUUCUCAUCCACGGUAGGGGCACGAUGAAGGGUGUGCUGCGUUUUUUUUUUGUGCAAACGGGGCCAUAUGGCCGGCGUCGAUUGGCUGCACGGCCAUCCAUCCACCCUUGAGCUGUUUUUGAUACGUUGUCCCGGUUGUGUCAUUGAUCAUCUUCCGGCCCUUGGUUCGCUUUUCCAUGUUAUUCGCGCGUAUUCCAAUGGUUUUUUUCACACCCACCGCACAGGCACACACACACACAUACACACAUACAGCGCACACACACAUACACCAACACAACACACACACACGAUUGUACAAGUUUAGGAGUUUCGCUAAGUUUGCGCUAAGUUUCUAGUGGUCUUAAGUUAAAGGUAGGAAAGUUUAUUGUUAUAUCGUUUCAUCGAAAAGGCAGACGCUGGCGGGCAAUAGGGAGCACCGCAAAUCUAUAUCGAGGUAACACGGCAACUGCUGCAGUCAGAAACGCUAGACACUAGAGCAGAUGCGGGAAAGUCGAUUUUAAAUGUAAAACAUUGUCGUAAGUGGUAGUUCGAGCGUGCACCGUCGUAGUACCGUGGCAGGUUCAAUUGAAAGGUUUAAUGUUCCAAUGAAAAAAAUAAUGAAAAACCGUGGAAAGUUGACAAAAAAGAGGCGAAGAGGAAACAGGAGAACGAUUGGAUAAGAAAAGGGGAAGAUGGGAUGCUUGAACGUGAGAACGAAGGACCCGAAGAACGAAACCGGUAACCAAUGCAACGGGAGCGUGUUUAGGAUGGAUUUAAAGAGAGAGAGAGGGAGAAAAAAAAACAAAGUAAACGAUGAAGAGUAAAACUAGUGAACUAUUUUCUGUGCCCUCCGAUGCGCUGCACGCAUUGUAGUUAUCUCAUGAAUGUUUGGAUCUCCGUCAAAACCAGUCGUCGAACAGCAAAAGGCGCGCGCGAAUGGUAAUGACGCACUCAAACCAUGCAGCUGGAAAGCCAUCUACUCUUUACAUUUUGUGCCAGAGGGGGGAAAUCCGGGAGUAAAUUGUGAACAGGGAACACAAGAUUAGAGUAAAAGUAAUGAAAAUUUUGUUCUUCAUAACGUCAGAAUGUCGUCCGCGAGCAUCGUUCUACUCACCUGCACCGCUCGAUGCGCAGCAAUGCAAUGCGUUUGUCUGAAUCUGAAUAGGCAAGUCAGGUGAGCAUCUGAGGCGUCGUCUGCUUUGAUCGCAGGUCGCGGCGAAGCGGAUCAAACACAGUUCGAAGCGUUCCAAGCGUUUGCAUGACGUUUCAGUUUUGGAGUUGCGAGCAGGAGAGCAGCAGGCGAGUUGAUCAUUAGCAUGUGUAAAUAUAAUACUACCGACAGACAGACGAUUGUAAAUGAAGGCAACGACACUCUCGACAGCAAAAACCACCUUCCUCCAACCCCAUCUUCAAAGCAGGAAAUCCAUUUGAAUGCAUAAUACACAAACACAGAGUUGCAGAAGCCGUUAGCCGAUAGUAUGUGCGCGGUAUGUGGAGGAAGCAAUAGAGCUACCAACACAGCGUCGUGCAUCAUCAUAAGGUACACAGUCUGCAUCGAUUAGAGAUGCCAGCGCGAGAGAGUUUCGCGUCUGUUUUUCGUUGUUUCGUUUCGAAAGAUUCGAAUUUUGCGAACUGGCUAGUAACUGGAUUGCAUUGAUGGAAAUAUCUCGCGAAUUAAAACACUCACACACAUACACAUGUUACACAUGGAACAGCGCUCCCAAGAAGAGUAAAUGGUUUUCAAAUGUCCAAUUGACCUGCAGAAAAUAAACAACUUAAGAAAUGCGAAAUACAACACAACCAGAAUGUGGAAGUGGAAGCAAGUGGAAUAAAUAAAUUAUUAAUAUUAUUACAAAAAAGCAA